AUGGCAGAAAGUGCGCCAGCUCCCGCUCCUGCUCCAGUCGCUCCGGCUAAGACCACCAAGAAGAAGACGGCAAUCAAGCCCAAGAGUACAGGACCUAGCCUUAAAGAUUUGAUCCUGAAGGAAGUGUCUGCCUCCAAGGAGAGGAGUGGGGUGUCCCUGGCUACGUUGAAGAAAGGACUGGUCGCCGGUGGCUACAACCUGGAUAAAAAUAACUCUCGGGUAAAUUUGGCAGUUAAGGCUAUGGUGGCUAGUGGGACCCUGGUUCAGACUAAGGGAAAAGGUGCUUCUGGUUCUUUUAAGGUCAACAAGAAGACCGUUGAAAAGAAGAAGCCGGCCACGAAAGCAGUCCUUAAAGCUAAGAAGUCUGUUCCGGCUAAAAAGGUGGUAGCAAAGAAACCUGUGGCGAAAAAGUCACCGAAGAAGUCCGCUCCACCUAAGGUGAAGAGCCCAAAGAAGGCUAAGACUGUUGCGAAGAAGUCGGCCAAGAGUCCAAAGAGUGUUCAGAAGCCAGCGGCAAAGGUAACCAAAAGCCCUAAGAAAACGAAGGCAAUCAAUUCAAAAGUUGCCAAACCCAGGAGCGUCAAGAAAGCUGCUCCCAAGAAGAAGUGA